AUGAGCCAACGACAACCGACGCUAUAUACCCAGUUAUCCACCGCUAAUUUUGCUGAGCCUGAUUCUGAUUCGGACGAUGCCAGCGAUGCUCACGAAGCAGCCAUUGUGCCAUUGUCCACUCGUCCUUCCCAGCCAACCACGGUACGAGUGACUCGGCCCACCGCACCGGCUGAUUUUAUGUUGCAAAGACAACCGUCCUCACAAAAAGAUCUUUUGGAUCUCGCAUUUCGACCGGCCGCGCUGAAUACGCGAGUGACAUGCCAAAUCUGUCGUUCCCGAGAAGGAUUGGAUAAAUUGCAUCCGCAGUAUCAGCUUUUUAUUGAACAUAUAGCGACGGGUGAAAUGCAGCAUAUCAUGACGGCCCGAAAGGAAAGAAAAAGUCAAACCAGCUAUUACACUAUCACAGGAGUCGUCCAUGACGAUAACGCAGCUCCUCAAUCCAUCGUUCUCGGUAAAGUGAGGCAAGUCGCUUGA